UCCCUGUCUGAUGACGUAGUCAAACCGGUCGGUGUUUACAAUGGCGGCUUUCUGCUAAUUGGAAGAAAAUGUAUGUUCUAUAGCUGCAAGAAGCAUUCUUAGUUUUGAAUGAACGAGUAAGAAGACAUUUCUUUCACAAUGAAUAACAGAACCUCAUAUUUUUAUGACCCGGACGUGGGCAACUUUCACUAUGGUGCUGGUCACCCCAUGAAGCCUCACCGUUUGUCUCUGACUCACAGUCUGGUGUUGCAUUAUGGGCUCUAUAAGAAAAUGAUGGUAUUCAAGCCAUACAAAGCGUCUCAGCACGACAUGUGUCGGUUCCACUCCGAGGACUACAUAGAUUUCCUGCAGAAGGUCAGCCCCAAUAACAUGCAGGGCUUCACCAAGAGCCUCAACACAUUUAACGUUGGAGACGACUGCCCUGUGUUUCCAGGACUUUUUGAGUUUUGCUCCCGAUACACAGGAGCAUCUUUACAGGGAGCCACACAGCUCAACCACAAGAUCUGUGACAUUGCAAUUAACUGGGCCGGAGGUUUGCAUCAUGCAAAGAAAUUUGAGGCUUCUGGAUUUUGUUAUGUCAAUGACAUCGUCAUCAGUAUUCUGGAGCUACUCAAAUACCACCCGAGGGUUCUGUACAUCGACAUAGACAUUCAUCAUGGUGACGGAGUACAGGAGGCCUUUUACCUGACUGACCGUGUCAUGACUGUGUCCUUCCACAAAUACGGGAACUACUUUUUCCCGGGAACAGGUGACAUGUAUGAGGUGGGAGCAGAGAGCGGUCGGUACUACUGCCUCAACGUUCCUCUCAGAGACGGCAUAGACGACCAAAGCUACCGGCAGCUGUUCCAGCCGGUGAUUAAACAGGUGGUGGAUUUCUACCAGCCAACCUGCAUUGUUCUACAAUGCGGAGCUGAUUCUCUGGGCUGCGACAGACUGGGCUGCUUCAACCUCAGCAUACGAGGACAUGGCGACUGUGUGGAGUUUGUAAAGAGUUUUAAGAUUCCUCUGUUGGUCCUGGGAGGAGGAGGCUACACCGUGAGGAACGUGGCCCGCUGCUGGACCUUUGAGACAUCUCUGUUACUGGACGAGUCAAUCAGCGACGAGUUGCCUUACAGCGAGUAUUUUGAGUACUUUGCCCCGGACUUCACGUUGCACCCCGACGUGAGCACUCGCAUAGAAAACCAGAACUCCAGGCCGUACUUGGAGCAGAUCCGUCAGACGGUGUUUGAAAACCUGAAGAUGCUGAACCACGCGCCGAGCGUGCAGAUCCACGACGUCCCCUCUGACGUGCUGAGCUACGAGCGCACCGACGAGCCCGACCCCGACGAGAGGGGGGGCGAGGAGAACUACACCCGGCCGGAGGCAGCCAACGAAUUCUACGACGGCGACCACGACAACGACAAAGAGAGCGACGUGGAAAUCUGACACGCGAGAACGAAAGCUGCAGAUUGAACAGAAACUCUGGAGAAAAAAAAAAGUUCCUCUGUUCUUACUCAUUUGAUAUUCGCCCUAAAGUCACGACCAAUCAGAACAGCAGCGUGAUGUUAGCACCUUGAAUACAAAGUCCCUGAGCACACCUCCUUUACAGCAGCAUUGCCAUUUGUGGGGUUGUCAAAUGUUGUAACAGACAAGGUGAGCCCAAAUUACAGCCACUGUAACGCUGGAUACACCCAGUGUCAUGUAGAGAAUUCUCUUUAACGGCUCUGUACAGCUUCAUAUCAACUUCUGUUUCUCCAUUUUUGUAAAUGAGGCAAAUGGACAUGAGUGAACAAAACAGGAAGUCAUUCCUUUCCUCCUGUACGCUCGACUCUGUACUUUAUAAAUGUGUGAACCGUGAGUGUGAUGCUGAUGUAGAAGAGGACGUAUAGUUUAGCCGUUCCCCCAGCAGCCUCAUUGCAGACGUACAUUGCUGGUCACAGCGAACAUCUUCUGCCGUCUGCCACCUCCAGUUCUUUUUACUCAGUGAUAUGUUUUAUGUGAUUUCUUUUUUAUUGUCUACUUUUUAAUAAAAAA